AUUUGAAAUAAUGCAAGUGCUAUUGCAAAUGUAUGCAUUUGAUUACUUGGAAGAGUUCAACUAAAACUAAUGUUCGUGAAAUGGUAAGAGGUAAAACGUGGAAAACGUGACAACUCGGGUGUUUGGUCUUGUACUGUACUAGCGCUAAGCAGGACUCCAGGUCCUCAAGACCCCUCCCUCAUAAAUUCUCCGUUGCUCAUGCGCUGUGCCCAUGUUGUAAACAAUGAAAAACGUCUACGAGUCACGUAUAGUAUGAUCAACUACAGAAGUCAGCGGAACCAUCAGUUUAUCAACUGCUAACAAAAAAACUACGCUCGUUGUGUGAUAAAUUCCGUUAUCACAUUCCAUCAUGUAAUGUUGACAACACCAGAUUAAUAAAACUGGUAUUAAUAGUACAUAAGAAAGGACAAGAACCAAAAGUGACGGAGGUUAACUUUGCAGUGUAAUAGUAAAUCAACACUGUAAAUUUUCUUUUAACCUGCUGGUCAGCAGAUGAAAGUUGCCUAAAUUAAUAAAAUAAACUUGGCAUAUUUAAUCUAAAUACUGUACGAUUAAAUAUACACGUUUAAUUAGAUGUUUAUUUAAACAAAACACUUUACGUUUUUACUCCCACCUAUACCGCCCCUUUGUUCCAGUUUCUACCAAUGUACAAUUAGGGGACGGUCCAGUGUUGUCAGUUCGUAUUGGUUGUGGUGGUCAUGUGACGCGGAGCCUCGCAUUCGAAAUUGGAAUGUUGAUACAUAACAAUUCUGGUAACGCAAAGAAUCAUUUUGUAGAAAGCAGCGAGUGAGAGGAGUGGUAUUAUCAUUAAUGAUUCUACCCACUUCUCGCAUUUACCUCAGUUUGGAACUCCGUCUUUAAGAAAGAAUAAUUUUAAGUUUGCUUCUAGAAUCUCCGAGUGGUAAAGAAAAUAAUCUGACGGCGAUAAAACCCCCAGCUAAUCCCGGUACACCCGAACCCGGGCAUGCACUGUAAUAAGCGUUGGGGAAAGAAAAAGUUAAAGAGAAUAGUGAAAAGGUAGACGGGAAAAGGUGCUUGCGGUCACAUUAGUGGCCGUAAUCGUUUAAAGAACAAUAAUAUCCCUUCACAUCGAACAGUUGUGAAGCCGAGAGAUAUGUGAAAGGGUAAGCACGCCCAGAAGAUUCAUAAUGUCUAACAGUAAAAGAGGCGUUGUCCAUUGGGAAGCCAGGAAAGAGAGAUCCGAUUGCAAAGAUUGUUCAAAGAGUAGACUUGAUUCGAAACGGGUCGGUCAUCGCUGGUACAGACGUGGAAGGGCAGAGUAUGGCAGAACAGGCAGGUUUUUUGGUCGUGGCCACCAACACCAGUCGACCGAACUCCAAGGGGUGAGACUGCGUCCAGUCAAUGUCCGUGGUAAUCGUGCACCAGGCAUGAGGGCUCCUCGAAAUACGAACCAAUUCCUGAUGCACGAGAAGUACCAACUGAUGCACAUGAGAUCUGACUCGACUGGGAGUGACAGUGGCUCGGAGAUCGAAGUAGACAUGGACAUAGACUCGUACCUGGGUGUGUUAGAGAACGCCCGAGGCGCGCUGGACUGCACCAUGUCUCCCUUGUCUGAUGAUAACCUGUUACGCUUCAGAUUCUUUGAACAAAUAGAUCACGAUCAGAGUUUGCAGUAUUUUCCGUCAGAGGACGACGUAGUAAAAAGCGAACGUUUUAUGCGACAGGACUUUGCUGCAUUUUGCAGUACAUUUAACGUAGAGUAGUUGCAAUAUUAUUACAGUUUUGAGACGAACUAUUCUCUCGGUUUAGGGAGAAUAUGGUGCGAAAACAUUUUGUAAAUGGCAACCAUUUGGUUUGCCUGUAAGGGUAACCCCGUGUGUCGUUUCUAUGACCCACAAAUACUUUGCCAAUAAACGUAUUUCAUUUA